ACAAAUAUCGCUGUUGGUACACUUCCUAAAGAAAGAGAACUUUUAAAACGAAACAAUGAAGUUCAUAGCGAACUAAGACAUUGUCAAAAGCUCAACCUACAACCCUAACAUAUAACCACUCAGGUACUGGGAAAAUUUCGUAACACAAACGAAUUUCGGAGGUAGAGGCUAGACUACAUGGCCCAACAGUGCAUCGUUUAAAUAAAAUUAACAGUGGAAAAAAAAUGUUUAAUUAUUGGUCCCAGAACAAUCUAAUCAGUCAGAUGUUGAGAUCAUUAAUUGAUACCCUGCUUACCAAGAAGCCGCUGCAUACUAAUAAAACUAGUUCAUCCACACUGCUGGCUGACGGCAUUCCUGAAAACCCCAACACAAUAAGCCAUUUUCUAAAACUGAAAACAAACCAAAGUACAUCCAAAUGAGACAAUUCUUUUUCUCUCAUAGAUGCCGAACAUAUGUGAAACCUCCUCGCUGGCCUUUGAAUGAAACCUGCUUGGUUAACGAAGGCGUGUUCCAAAAAAAAAUCAAUAGCGUGGCAGUUUGGAACAUGUGCCCACGGAACUGGACAGAAAGCGACGUGAGACAAAAAUGCCAGGAUGAAGAUCAAAGUGACCUUAUAAGUAAUUUGCCAGUAUUUGACAAAGACCGCGACGUAACGUAUAGAAAUAUAUUUUGCGCAAGAUGCAAUGGUGCUCCACUGAGUGCGAAAUUUUGGAAAAUCCAAUUCAAUUGCAACAAUUCCUUAAACGCUACAACUUUCAGUUUACUAGGCAACGAGACGAUCCUGUUACCUGGGGAUUGCUGGAUCGAGAAAUUCCCAGACCCUUUGCAUUCACCUCGAAACCCGUUAAAACAAUGCAUUCCUCGGUUCCAAAGGUGCCGACAUACAACCCUAGAAAAUGGAUUUCUCUGCGAAACCGAUUGCCCGAGGUACGCUUUCCCAGUAUGCUCUGCAGGUAUACGAUCCCGAAACCCACGUUGCGCUUUAUGCGCUGGUUUCAAACUAGAUGAGCUCAACUGCACCUGUGACGCUGAUUCAAUAAGAGGAGUACCUUCGCUCACCAUGCUCUUUGAUUUUACUUCUACAUCUAAGUACAGUGUUGUGGUACGAGAUGAGAGACAUUACGUGUUUAAAAGAACUAAAAAAGAGUUCUCAUGCCGUUUUGACCAGGUUUACGAUCCCUACGCAGGGACCUGCAAAAAGAUCGCCUCAACGGAAUUUUUAACUGCAGUACGUCUUGGUAACCGGGCCAAAGAUAUCAAGCAAAAGCGAAGAAACAGGACAAAACUGCAGUUAAACGUUACGUCCAUAAUGAAUAAUGAAACUGGCUAUACGCCUAAUGGAUUGCAUCAUGGUCAUCGAAACGAAAGCACAAGCCAGGAAUGGAAUGAGAACUGCACUGGAUUGGCGUUCAAUAAGACGGAAUAUGUGCUGCUUUCUAACGGUUCCGUCUACUUGAAACUUCACAAAAAGAUGUACAGCAAUAUGACUUAUAAUAUCCAUAAUAAGACAUUAGUCUUGUGCGUGAACUUUUCAAGAAAUUACACGAGAACAGAAAACGAAGGUGGCAUACAAACGAUCACUAAAACGCCAGCAUCAUUCCAACUUCUUACCUUAAUUGGAUGUAUAGUGUCGACGGUUUCUCUUGUUCUUCUGCUGAUUACGUAUCUUGUAUUUGCUGAACUCCGUAAUUUACCUGGGAAGAUCAUAAUCAACUUGAUAUUGUCUCUAUUGCUGUACCAAAGUGUCUUCUUUUUGGCGCUUAAAAAGGACGAUCAAGAAACAUGCCUGGCAAUCGCGGUUCUUCUCCAUUUCUUUGUUCUGUCCUCCUUCACGUGGAUGAAUGUCAUGGCUUAUGAUAUGCGUCGGAUUUUUACUAACGCUUCAGGUUCGUUGGGUGUAGUUGACGUAUUCGUUGUGCUACAAUUAACGAAAAUAAGGAGAAGAAGAAGAUCGUUUCUGGGAGGACGGAUGAGUUUUAUUCAAGCUCUGCCACAAAAGGGUGUUGCGGCAAAUCGUCAAAAUCGACAAGGAGGCUACACGACGCGUCUCAUGAAAUAUUGCCUGUAUGCCUGGGGAUCACCUCUGGUGAUCGUCGUCGCCUGCAUUGUAGCCCAUCAUGUCAAAACAGGAUCUAUUGAAUAUGGGCAAGGUGAAGAGGAAUGUUUUAUAUCACAGCCUCAAGCCCUUCUUUAUUCGUUUGUUUUGCCUGUUGCACUGGUGAUGAUCUUCAAUCUGUUUGCAUUGGGACACACAGUCGUUCAUAUAGUCAAAACUCGAAAGGGUGCGCAACAAGCAAACAGGCAGCAACACGGCACCAGCGUAGCUCUGAUCUGUGUUAAAAUGGCUUCAGUGAUGGGAGUCACAUGGAUUCUCGGGAUUGCUGCAAACCUGAAAGCUUUGUCAUUUUUGUGGUACCCAUAUGUGGUUUUAAACAGUCUUCAAGGGUUGUUCAUUUUCCUGUCUUUUGCUGCAAGUGGGAAGGCUUUGGAGUUGUACAAAAGUAAAUUGGCUAGAAUCCAAAGGAGUCGCGCAACACAGAACGAAGUAAACUUUCAAACAAACUAUAACUGUAACCAAACAGACGGAAAUCAAAUUGUACAGGAUACGCGCUUGUAAAUAACUAAUAUAACAUUGUAUAAUGUCGGAUAGUGUGCAACCCGAAAUAUAUAUACGUUAUUUGUAACUAUAAGUU